GACAAUACUAAAAAUGAUAAUGUGAUCGGGCCUGAAUUAGGUGGCAUGCGAAGUUGUAACGUGGCUAAACUUGAUUUGUUGUGCAGCAUUGGCACACACCAAGUCAAGUGCAGGAAGUCUGGGCUCUGAAAUGCUGAACUCUUAUCUAUUUUUCUGUUUCCUUUUCGCAGGGUAAUUUUAAAACCUGCGAACAUCUCGUGUCUUUCAUUCUUUCCCACCGUGAUUCUUAGAAAAUGGCAGUCGCACUUCAUGCCAGUGGUUCUUCAUGUCUGAACUCUCAGAGCGGAGUGGUUCAGCCGUCUCUCAGUUGUACGAGCAAGGUAUUUGUAGGACUGAAACCCCAAUCUGCAAGACCCUUAGGAACUGGAAAACCUAAUCUGAAUGUUGAAUUUCAUGAAAGAGUUCAUAAGAGUAUCCAAUCCAGGAAUUGUAACAAGAAACCAACAAGAGCACGUUUUGGAAUGAUGCCCAUAGGUACACCAAGAGUCCCCUAUCGAACUCCUGGUGAAGGAACUUGGCAGUGGGUUGAUUUAUGGAAUGCUCUUUAUCGUGAACGCGUUAUUUUUAUUGGGCAACAUAUAGAUGAAGAGUUCAGCAAUCAAAUACUAGCAACCAUGCUCUACCUUGACAGUAUUGAUUCUUCAAAGAAGCUUUAUCUAUAUAUUAAUGGUCCUGGUGGAGAUCUUACCCCGAGUAUGGCUAUAUAUGAUACCAUGCAGAGCUUGAAAAGUCCUGUUGGCACCCAAUGUGUGGGCUAUGCUUAUAAUCUAGCAGGCUUCCUUCUAGCAGCUGGAGAAAAGGGUAACCGUGUUGCAAUGCCUCUCUCAAGAAUUGCACUCCAAUCUCCAGCAGGUUCUGCUCGUGGUCAGGCUGAUGAUAUUCGUAAUGAAGCAAAUGAGCUUCUUAGAAUCAGAGAUUACCUUUUUGAAGAGUUGGCUAAAAAGACAGGUCAGCCUGUUGAUAAGAUCCACAAGGACCUGAGCCGAAUGAAGCGUUUCAAUGCUCAAGAGGCUCUCGAAUAUGGGCUUAUUGAUCGCAUAAUCAGGCCACCUCGUAUCAAGGCUGAUGCACCGCGCAAGGAAGCAGGAACAGGUCUUGGUUAGCAGAUUUUCUGAUCGCAAUACAAAACUGAUCAUAGAUGCUGUAAAAUCGAACAAAUACUCAUCUGCAUAUUUGAAGUUUUGGGCAUGGAAAUGCAAAGGUUGUUUCAUUUUUUUGUUAUUUCCUAGAGCAGGCUGAGUCAUUUAAUCAGACUCAUGUCUAGUAAUUGCAUACCAUUCAUAAUUGGAGUUGGCACUCCCAACUA